AUGAAGAACUUAAAACCCCGUCAAAAUACCAUUGAGGAGAAUGGGGUGAAUGUGAAGGUAAUUGUUCGAUGCAGACCUUUAACUGAACAGGAGAAGAAAGACCCAAGUAACAGUAAUGUUUUGCAAGUUAAGCCAGAUUCCAAAGAAAUUGUAGUUUCUCACCACUCUUUGAGUCGUAAAUUCGACUCUUACUCCACCAAACUUUUUACUUUUGAUGGAGUCUGUGGAUCAUUCACGUCACAAAGGGAGCUUUUUAAGCAGUAUGUAGUUCCAAUCGUAGAUGAGGUUCUUUUGGGUUUUAAUUGCACAAUAUUUGCCUAUGGUCAGACGGGAACCGGGAAAACUUAUACAAUGGAAGGUGAUAUGAAGGAAUAUUUGGAAUCCAAUAACAUGGAGCUAACUGAGCACGCGGGAAUCAUUCCAAGGGCUGUGCAACUUAUUUUUGAAAGGUUGGAGAGCCAACACACAGAAUACGGGGUUCGAGUUUCGUAUUUAGAAAUAUACAAUGAAGAAUUGUCCGACCUAUUGAGUGAUGAGAAGCUAAGCUUAAGGAUUUAUGAUGAUAUUGCUGGAAAAAGAGGGUUAAAUGUCGAUCGUCUGGAAGAGAUUCCUGUCAACAAAGCCCAGGAUAUACUUAAUAUACUUUCCACAGCAGUCAGGAAGAGACGAACAGCUGAGACUUUGUUGAAUAAAUCAUCUUCUAGAAGUCAUUGCAUUUUCACAAUUACAAUCCACACCAAGGAAACAAAUAUAGAUGGAGAGGAUGUCCUAAAGGUCGGAAAGUUGAAUCUGGUAGAUUUAGCAGGGUCUGAGAACAUUCAGAGAAGCGGAGCAAAUGCAGUAAAAGAUCGUGCCAAAGAGGCUGGGAUGAUUAAUCAGAGCUUACUGACCUUGGGUCGUGUAAUUAAUGCCUUAGUGGAGCAUUCAAGCUAUGUUCCAUAUAGAGAUUCGAAGCUGACACGUCUUUUACAGGAUAGUUUGGGAGGACGUACAAAGACCUGCAUUAUUGCAACAAUAACUGCUUCUUCAAUAUACCUCGAAGAAACACUUAAUACUUUAGACUAUGCUCACAGAGCAAAGAAUAUUAAGAAUAUGCCUGUAGUUAAUCAAAAAAUGACCAAGAAAGUAAUGAUCAGAGAGAUGAAUUGCGAAAUAGAAAAGCUUAAACAGGAACUUCAGUGCAAUAGAGAAAAAAAUGGAGUCUACUUACCACUUUCUCAAUUUAAUGAGAUGGAAAACAAACUCCAAUCUCAGGCUAAUGAAAUUGUUGAAAUGGAAUCAGAGCUCCAAAAUCAACAUGCACUAUAUAGAGAGAUGGAAUCUACAGUAAGUCAUCUUACUGAUCAGCUUAAUGAAAAAUCUCUACGCGUUAAGGCUGGAGAUUUUGCUAAUAUUCAUGUUUCUAAACAUGCAAAACUUUAUCGCGAAAAAUAUCAAGAUUUAUAUAUGCAAAUGAAUCAAUCUUUGGAAAACAUUGGUAAAUUGCAUAGAAAGAUUAUUGGAUCUGAGCUUUUCCAGUCUUGUCAGAAUACCCAGUUAUUUAAACUUCAACAACAACUUGUCUCUGACAUUCAGCUAACUGAAAAAAGAACCAGAGAAUGUUUGGAAAUUCUCCAUAACGAUCUUAAGCAGGAUUUACUUGUUCACUGGUUAAAUAAGAGUCAGCUCUCACAUACUGAAAUUAUCGGAAUGAUUGAAACAGGGAAGAAACUCUGUGGUAAUGUUACAUCAAUGCUUUCUGAUUCAUUGGAACAAUCUCUGAUAGAGGAGCUUCGUGUUGGUAUGAAUAAUGCAAAGGAUAAUUUGAAAAAAUCUCUUAAAACUCAAGAAGAAAUGGCUACUCGUAUAAAAGACGAAAUAAGAAAAAGUCUUGUAGAUUGUUCAACAAACACUGAAAAGAUAUCAAUGGAUAUUAGUAAUCAGUUGGAAAGGCUUAAAUUGUCAAAUGAACGUUGCCAGAGUCUUGUUCAAGAUUACAAGGAGCACUCCAAGGGAUGUGAGGUACAAUUAGAUACUGUUUUCUCUCAAUACCUUGUAAAUUCUGUUGAUAAUCUUGCAAAGUCGCAUCAGAUUCAACUUGAUAAUCGGCUUUCUGUACAGCUAUCAAGUCUGGAUGAGAAAUCCAAGGAAAUGAAAAAUCAAUUCUGUAAAUUAGUUGAUAGCUUUGUUGAAGAAACUUCCAAAGCUUUGGUUGAUGAAAAAGAUCAACUUUUCAAACAAAUGGAUGAUUUGAAGGAGAAAAUCAUAAGUGAAUUGGAAAAUGGCUAUUUGGCAAACAAGAAUUUACUUCGUGAGACAAAUUGUCGUAUAGAACAAUUAGAGUUGGCUCAAUUAGAGCUUGUGAAAGAUCAGAGUGAGUGUUUGGAAAAGAGGAGAAACGAACUUGGAGAACUUGUUCAUUCAAUUUCCCAGCUUGGAGAGAAAAGGUUGAUAGGAGGAUUUACCGACUUUGCUAAUGUUAGGGACGAACAAUUUGGCCUAAUUAGCUCCAAAUUUACAGAAAUAUCGGAAUUAAGUGCAAGUUCUGUUCAGAGUUGUGUUAACAAUGUUUCAACUGUGGUAAGCAUGCAGAAUAACUCACUUAAUGAAUUAUCGUCAUGUAUAGAUGAUUAUUUUGGCUAUAAUUUUAAAUCUUUCCAAGAGAAUAUUCAGGUAAAGAUUAGUGAGAUAACUCAACUUCUGGGUCAAAUCACUGAUUUCUCAUGCCCUUCUUAUGAAAAAUCUGAAGAUAAUGAGAAGAGAGAAACUUCUUCUAGCUCAGUGGAAGAAUUACCCAAAAUUUUGGAUAAAGUCUUUCAAGAAUUAAUAGAGAUUGAGAAUGUAGUAACAAAGACCAAUCCAAUUUCUGGGCAAACUCCAAGUAGAAGACAAAGUUACAAGAUUCCAGUUUUAAAGGAAAGAUGCUUAUCUCCAAUGAAAUAUGUGGAACACUAUAUUGAGACUUUGCCAAGACCAAAUAUUGACUUUAAUCAAACUCACAAAAUGUCGGAUCCUUUUUACAAUGAGAAUGGCAGAGAAGAUAUGAUGAAUUCUCGGUUAAAUUUUGAACAGGAAGAUCUCCAUCAUCAAUCUUCUUUUGAUUGGAAAAGCGUUCAAUGGGAUGAUAUAAAAUCAUUGAAUAUUUCUCAGUUUAUUCAAGAAACAAAUACGGCUUCUUCUGAUUUGUUUUUAAGAGAAAGAGAACAAGAGAGCUCUACUAAUGAUGAAAACUGGAAUGGUUACUCAGAAAAUACCCUAAACGUUACCCACCAUGCCUCAAUAAUUACCUCAAAAUUGGAACAAAAACAAAGCUCAUUGGAUUCUUUGAAAUCAUUAAGUUUCUAUCAAACUUCUCCAAAUGAUGAAAAUCGCAUUUCAGCUCAGGAAAAUACAGUCAAACAAGAGAGUUUGUUGGAAACUAACAAUAAUCCAAUCGGGCCUAGUUGCUAUACAAAUGCAACAGCAUCUUCAUCCUCUACAGGUAUCCCAAGACCUGGAAGACCCAAGAAAGUUGCUGCAACAAGAAAAUGA